CCAAAUAUUCUUCCGCCGCCGGCCGACUGCUGCAUUCAAUUCCCCUUCGCGCCCCGAAAGCCGAACCAACGAGCCUCGCAGGUCGGCGGUCUCGAUUAGGGAGGAGGAAGGGAGUGGCCCCUGAUCUGGGUGGCGGGCGAGAUGAGGCUACUGCGGGUCGCCACGUGCAACCUCAACCAGUGGGCGAUGGACUUCGACACCAACCUCCGCAACGUCAAGGAGUCCAUCAAGCGCGCCAAGGCUGCUGGGGCCGUCAUCCGCGUCGGCCCCGAGCUCGAGCUCACCGGCUACGGCUGCGAGGACCACUUCCUCGAGCAGGACACCACCGCCCACGCAUGGGAGUGCUUAAAGGACAUUUUAACUGGGGACUAUACGGACAACAUCUUAUGCAGCAUAGGAAUGCCAGUUAUUUUCAAUAGUGUGCGGUAUAAUUGCCAGGUCUUCUGCCUAAAUCGUAAGAUAAUCAUGAUCCGACCAAAGAUGUCCCUUGCAAAUGAUGGAAAUUAUCGGGAAUUCCGUUGGUUUUCUGCUUGGACAUUUAAAGGCGAGAUUGUUGAUUUUCAGCUCCCCGUUGAAGUCUCAGAGGCAAUAUCCCAGGAUACGGUGCCUUUUGGUUAUGGAUACAUGCGGUUUAUAGAUGUGUCUUUGGCUGCUGAAACCUGUGAAGAGCUCUUUACAGCAAACGCUCCUCGGAUUGACUUAGCAUUGAAUGGUGUUGAGGUUUUCAUGAAUGCAAGUGGAAGCCACCAUCAGUUAAGGAAGCUCAAUCUUCGUAUUGAUUCCAUAAGGAGUGCAACCCAAACAUGUGGCGGUGUUUACAUGUAUGCUAAUCAGCAGGGUUGCGAUGGUGGCCGCCUUUAUUACGGUAUCUCAAAAUGUCGUUAUUUGUGCUCUUGCAGAUUUUUUCUUUGUUAUCUGAUUCAUGAUGUAAUUAUAUUUUCAGGCCUGGUGCAGUGGUGAGAGUAUCUCACUGAGUCACCAGGUCUUGGGUUCGAAGCAGCCUCUCCGCAUUUGCAGGGUAAGGCUUGCUUCGGUUUAUCCCUUCCCCAUACCCCUGUUUGGGAGCCUUCGUCACUAGGUCUGCCCUUCUAUAUUUUCUGACGUUCAUUAUUAAAACCUAUCAACUAACUUAUUAUUAUCUCCAACAUGACAUUGGUGAUUUUUUAAUUCUUUUAUACCUGAUUUGAAUGUCUGUUUUCAUCCACAUGAUAUUAUCCACUGAACAAACAAAACUGGGGAGCAAAAUGUUUUGUCCUCUCCUUUGUUGUCGGAGGUUGCAGUACUGAAGCUGUAUGUAGGAUACAUGGCAUGUCUGUUUGGACCUAGUGGUUUUGGGUAGCCUGACAGAGGGGCUGUGAUGUUAUGAAUGGAAUUCUUAGAAGUAUUCUUACAAAUAACUCAUGUAGCUAUUCCUCAUAAUUGCUGAUGGCUGGGGGCAGUAGGUGCUUAUCCAUGAAUCCAGUGGCAGAUCCAGGAUUUAAUCAAACCCUAGGCUAGUUUUAAUAUACCAAAAGUAUAAUUGGCACAAACUUUAUUGCCACAAACUGUUUGGUUACAUAAAUGGAGAAUAGUUUUGAAUCCUAAGUAGCUAGAAGCACGGAUAUCUUCCAUAUAUUGUAGCACUUAUGCACGACUAAGCUUGUACAAAGCAACUUAAAC